AUGAUUGUAUAUAAGCCAUUAGACUUGAGAAAUCUUCUGCAUUUUGAACAUUUGAAAAGGCUGAUUGAUGCAGAUCUUUCGGAGCCUUAUUCGAUUUACGUUUACAGAUAUUUCUUGAAUCGAUGGCCAGAAUUGACGUAUUUAGCCUUUGAUGAUGAAAGUGGGACACCCGACACGCCAAUUGGAUGUGUUAUUUGCAAGAGUGAGCUGCAUAGAGGUAGCAGAAUGAGGGGGUAUAUCGGUAUGCUUGCAGUCGAGACUGCAUAUCGCGGACUUGGUAUCGCCAAAACUUUAGUCAAAAAUGUGAUUGAAAAGAUGCAGGAAGAUGGUUGUGAUGAAAUUAUGCUUGAAACCGAGGUAGAAAACAGAGCUGCACUAAACCUUUAUGAAGGUAUGGGAUUUAUAAGGAUGAAACGGAUGUUUCGUUACUAUUUGAAUGAAGGUGAUGCUUUCAAGCUGAUAUUGCCCUUGACGCAGAAGAGUUGCAUUAGGACCACUUUUUUGAAUCAAAAUGAUGAACUACUCCUGUAG